AAUCGAUACCCAACUCACUAUUAAUACCCACGAGACCCUUCUCCCUUCCACCACUUAAGCCACACAACUUACGGAAGACUAAACUUGCGCACUUACUUUGAAAAUGGCAUCCUCCACUAUGGCCCUCUCCUCCCCUUCAUUCGUUGGCAAGGCGGUGAAGCUCUCCCCCUCUGCCCCUGAGCUCAUGGGCAAUGGCCGUGUCUCAAUGAGGAAAACCGGCGCUAAGCCUGUUUCCUCUGGAAGCCCGUGGUACGGUCCUGACCGUGUUAAGUACUUGGGUCCAUUCUCUGGUGAGCCCCCAUCCUACUUGACCGGUGAGUUCCCUGGUGACUAUGGCUGGGACACUGCUGGUCUCUCUGCUGACCCAGAAACCUUUGCCAAGAACCGUGAGCUCGAAGUGAUCCACUGCAGAUGGGCCAUGCUUGGAGCCCUUGGGUGCGUCUUCCCCGAGCUCUUGGCCCGCAACGGAGUCAAGUUCGGCGAGGCAGUGUGGUUCAAGGCAGGAGCCCAGAUCUUCAGCGAGGGUGGUCUUGACUACUUGGGUAACCCAAGCUUGAUCCACGCACAAAGCAUCUUGGCCAUCUGGGCCGUCCAGGUAGUGUUGAUGGGUGCCGUUGAAGGUUACAGAAUUGCCGGUGGGCCGCUCGGUGAGGUCACAGACCCAAUCUACCCAGGUGGAAGCUUUGACCCAUUGGGCUUGGCUGAUGACCCAGAAGCAUUUGCUGAGCUGAAGGUGAAGGAGAUCAAGAACGGCAGAUUGGCUAUGUUCUCCAUGUUCGGAUUCUUUGUUCAGGCCAUUGUGACAGGAAAGGGACCAUUGGAGAACUUGGCUGACCACCUUGCUGACCCAGUCAACAACAAUGCGUGGGCUUACGCCACAAACUUCGUCCCUGGGAAGUGAGCUUAAAAAAAGAGCGUUUUUAUGUUCGAACUUUGGAUUGCUGGGUUGUGAUAUGUAAAUUGUUGCAAGUAAAGGCAAAGCAUAAUGUGAAUUUUGCGUGCUAAAAGUGCAUCUUCUCUGUGA